AUGGUUGACGAGAAAAUCAUUGGCAUGGCUUUGGCCAUGUCCUCGAGCCUUCUUAUUGGAACCAGCUUUGUUCUCACAAAAAAGGGACUCAUCGAGACGACGUCCAGAUACGGCUCGGCGACCGAGGGAUUAAAGUACUUCAAGAACGUCUUGUGGUGGGCCGGCAUGGCAACGAUGGGUCUGGGCGAGUUUGCCAACUUUGCAGCGUACUCGUUUGCACCGGCAAUCCUGGUGACUCCAUUGGGGGCGCUCAGCGUGAUUGUUGGAGCCAUCCUGGCAUCGAUGUUUUUGGGUGAGCGCAUCAGCGUGGUGGGCAAAUCCGGAUGCGCACUGUGCUUGCUGGGCUCGGUAAUCGUGGUUCUCAAUGCUCCCCGGGACGGCGACAUCGAGUCUAUCGAGCAAAUCAUGCACAUGGUCAUGCAGACACCUUUCCUCACCUACGCACUGGUCUCGCUGAUAUUCCUGGUUGUCAUGAUCACGCGUGUGGCUGGGAAGCACGGGCAAAACAACCCGCUCGUCUACGUGUCGAUCUGCUCGAUCGCUGGAUCAAUGACCGUGACCGCGUGCAAGGCCUUUGGCAUUGCGUUGAAGCUGACCUUUGCAGGCAACAAUCAGUUCGUCCACAUCAGCACGUAUAUCUUUGCCGGCGUCGUCGCUCUGUGCAUUGUUAUUCAGAUGAACUACUUUAAUAAGGCGCUCGAGCAGUUUGAGACCAACAUUGUGACCCCUAUCUACUACGUCUUCUUUACAUCGGCCACCAUCCUGGCCUCCGUGGCGCUGUUCCAGGGCUUUACUGACUCGACAAACAAGGAGCUGGCCUCUUUGUUCUGCGGAUUCAUUACCAUCUUCAUUGGCGUAUUUCUUCUCAACAGCACCAACGGAUGCACGAGCUCUAAUCAGAGCAAUGGCCAGCAUCAGGCUUUGCCCACAGACGAGCCCGGAAGGAUCAGCUUUGCCGGCCGCGGACGCGUCUCGCAGGGAGCUGCCUCUUUCAAUAUCUCCGAUUUUGAGGACGAUUCCAGCACCCACGAGCUACACCAGUCGUUCCCCAUGCGCGAGCGCAGACAUACCAUUGAUUUUGAAAAGGAACACACCUUGAGCCACCGCCAUACGUUUGUCAAGCCCCGUUUGUCGGACAGCGUGGAUAGCGAUGAUGAGUGCGAGACCACCGAGCACUUUCCCUUCAACACCCAGAAGAAGGGCUUCAAGUUCCUGUACUGGGGCUCGUGCAGUUUCUUUGCCUCCCUUCCCUUUGUUGCCGCCUGGUGGCAGAUCCGCAAGGGCAACGGUACCAAGGACUACUAA